AUGCAGCUCUCGUUUAUUUGCGGAUUAGUCUGUCUAUCGCUGAUGAAGUAUUCGGAAGCCGCUCCACAACUGACCCUAGCCCAGGCAGCAAGUCAUCUUGCUCGGCCCACCAACACCCGAGCGACGCUGAUGAGCCCAACGGGAGCGCCGAUCUAUGGACUCGUCGAGUUCCGGGCUACAGCCACGAUGGACGUCCAAGUCCAAGUCACCGUCUUUGGACUCGAUCACUCCCUGCCUCAUGGCGAGCAUGCUUAUCAUAUCCAUGCUAAUCCGGUUGACGCCGACGGUAAUUGUGAAGCUACCGGGGGACAUUUGAAUCCAACGGGAAUAGCCGACAGCGUGACCUGCAAUCCAAUGGUUCCAAAGACAUGCAAAGAGGGGGAUCUCAGUGGAAAACAUGGCGUUUUGGCAGGCGCUCAGCGGAGCAUUCAACUGUCUUACACCGAUCCUAAUCUGCAGUUUUCUUCGCCAGAAUCUGGAAUCAUUGGGCGCGGUUUGGUGAUCCAUGACUUGAAGGGUGCCUGGAUCGCCUGUGGCAAUAUCAUCCGGGGCAACUAA